UCAUUGCUAUUAAAAUAUUUAACCGUUUGUCCGCUGCCUGCCUUUCUGGUUUUAUUUUUUUUUUAAUUUCUUUCAAACGUUGGUUGCAGAGGUAUGUCCGUAUCAAUUUUAAAGACUCUGCUGGCUGACAACUCUCAGCAAAUUUAAGUAAUUUUAUUACAUAAUACUUUUUGGCAUGGCCAGUAGGACUAGAAAUCAAUCAUGUUUUAUAAGAAUAUUUACUUUGUGUCAUUUUUUAAUUGCAGUGUCUCAAGAAGUCACGCCGCGCCGAUUAUUUUGGAAUCGACAAGCCUCCCGAAAUCCCGAGCCCGACAAGACCGUACCAUGGCGAAUUUGGUGUGCAGAUUUUUUAAAAAUAACCUUUCUAGUGGCAGCACUGCGCUGGGUCCGAAUUUGCUGCGAAAUGAAUGAAAAGAGGGGCGUGUCAGCAGAAGUUCUUUGAUAAACAAGCAAAAUGGGCUCGUCUGCUAAAAACAGCCAUAAAGACCGACACAAAGAGGAAGAAAGACGGCGCCGCCGAUUAUCUUCGAGCAAUGAUGCGCCAAAGAAGAAAAUUUACAAGUCUGCUAGUGCAAAUGAUGGCCGGUCAGGUUCUGGUACGGCAUAUUCAGUCAAAGAACUGGAGGUGCUGAUAACGAAUUAUAGUGACCACAGGUCCCUACUAGACUGCAACAUCAAGACACCUUCUGCUGUCCAGAAAAGAAGCAUGAAAUGGGACGAGAUAGCUUCCAAAGUGACAAGAAUCUCGGGCAACGUAAGAACAGCAAGCAGUCUCCAGAAUAAACUUUUCAAAUUGAAAAGUGAGAUGAAAGUGGAGGAGAGCCACCGAGAAAAACUUACAAAUCGAACUGGUGGAGGAAACUCAGAAGAGGUUGAAAAAAAGGUUGAAGAGCGAUGUGGAAAGCUGUUGGACCGGGGGUUAAGGCUCUUGCUACUGCCUUUGAUAAAACCUUGUCAGUAUAAAGGCGCAAGAAAUACAUGUGAUACUAGUGUUCCUUCCACCUUCAUGAAAGCAAAAUCUGUUUCCAAAACAAAAUCAUCAAGCGGCCAGGGAAAAAGCUGUUUGACUCAACGAACAAGGAAGAUUUCUGCAUCAAGUAGCAAAAGCGAAUCAACCUCCAGCCUCUGUUCGACCUGCAGCCACCGUUCGACCUGCAGCCACCGUUCGACCUACAGGCCUCGUUCGAACUCCAAGCGGCGCUCAACCUCGAGGCCUCGUUCGACAUCCAAGCGGCGCUCUACCUCAAGGCCUCGUUCGACCUACAGGCCUCGUUCGAACUCCAAGCGGCGCUCAACCUCGAGGCCUCGUUCGACAUCCAAGCGGCGCUCUACCUCAAGGCCUCGUUCGACCUACAGGCCUCGUUCGAACUCCAAGCGGCGCUCAACCUCGAGGCCUCGUUCGACAUCCAAGCGGCGCUCUACCUCAAGGCCUCGUUCGACCAACAGGUGGCGCUCAAACUCCAGGCCUCGUUCGACCAACAGGUGGCGCUCAAACUCCAGGCCUCGUUCGACCUCGAGGUGGCGCUCGACUUCCAGCGCACGGCGGCGGACAACCUCGGGCCGAUCUACCAGCACACGCCGACAGUCGCCCUAUGGGUGUUCUUCACACUCCCGCCGCCGUUCACCAUCGCCUUCAACCUCUUCGACGUCACAUAGGCUUGCCAUCUCAGGAACACUUAGUCAAAGUGGAUCGAAUUCAAGGUGGAGCUCAUCGUCAGGAAGGCCUAAAUCCAGAAGUGGCUCAAUCUCGCGGAGUGUUUACAAAGAGAGCCCUGAUGAAGUCUUUUUGGAUGAGCUAUCACAAGGCUAUAAUAAAAGUAUGCAAAAACUCAACUUGGAAGCUACUAAUGGUAGAAGUGCCAGUCAGUAUGAGUAUGACGAGUAUGGUCGAAAAUCACCAACACCACCAUUAAUGAGUCCAGGUUCUCCCCCAACAAAUUUUGACCUGAACAAACCGAGCACUUCACGCACAUCCGAGAAAUCUCGACUAGUUGAAAAAAUGAGGUACGACUCUUACUGUCGAUAUGUUCCUAAAUCGACAGCAUUGCCUCUACUAGACAACCCUCAUACAACGAGAACGAGCUCAUACGAAUCGGAAACUGAGCGCUUAUUAUAUGCCACAGAAGAUCAGGCAGCACCUCAGGCAGCUGGAGAAAAAGAGUUGCAAAAAUUAUCUACUAUCCCAUUUUUGGAAUUGAGUAGAGAAGAUAACGCUGCUAUCAUAAAUGAAGGGAGUGACCUUUCAAGGGGCAAGGACCUUGAUAAUGCUUAUGUACCAAAUCGCCAUUCUGGAGAAUUUAAAGAGUUUAAUAAAAGCUACUUGCUUGAGGCUGACGUUAUGGAAAUUAAUAUGGCACUUAUGCGAGGCAAUAAGGUUUUCAUCAACCCACGUGCUAACCAGUGAUCUCGUCGUUUAUAUUGCUGUGACUACUUUAAGUUAGAGAAGUACUAGAAAGAGGUACUUGAAGGGAUAAAAAUUUUAUUUACAAAAUGUAUUUUAUGCAACUGGCAGCUCCAAUGUGCUAAGCCAGUUGCAUACGUUUCCAUGACUUUUAUCAAAGUUGAAUAAAUAAUGGCUGAUGGACUGAAAUUUUCAAAAUUUAUUUAUAUUUUGUACAUUUUUUAUGUCAUGUAGUGGUUUUAUAAAUUGAAUGUGAGCAGGGGCACUUAGUGCAUUCCGUCGAUUAGACUUUGCCUAAAACUAAUACCAUCCUCAUCAUCAGAUGUUUCACUAUUACUCUCUGAAUCAGAAUUUUCAACCUCAGAGUCACUACUGUCAUCAGUCUCUUCGUUGUUUUUGCCA